CCCGUCGCGGAUGUACGCGUAGUAAAGAAAAACGUGCUUCCGCGGCGUUUCCUUUUCAGUGAUCGAGUGCGAUUUAAUCAGUGUGCGAAAAACAAAACAAACUGUAACGUUCUCGAUUUUCGUAGCAUCGUCGAUUCGGAGCGCGCUCCGAACAGUCAUCGAUCGUGAACGCUUUCGAUCGGACCUAUUUAAAUUCCAACGAAGGAGGGAAUCGCUCGGUAAUCGCGCAACGAGCGCUGACCUUUCUUAUCUGUUUCGUCGAAUUGUUUUUCCGCAAAAGUUCAGUCGAAUAUUUAUCCGGCUACGAUUGAGCGAACCGAGGGUUACGGUGUAUGCGCGGGAAAGAAUACGAUUCUAAAAUAUCACGAUCCGGAGCCUAUCUCCGGCUACGCUAAUUUCGCGUUCGCGUAUUACGAGCGAGGGGCACGAGUUCUCUCGAGCCGCGUUUCUUUUUCCCGAACAAAAGGGUACGGGAGUAGCGGCGCGAGCAACGAGGAGAGACGCGCGGAACGAGAAAGACGAAGGGGAAGAAAGACGGAUAGCAGGAAAGAAUCGGGUAGUGGGAGAGGGGAAGGGAGAAACACAGGCGGUCUCGCGCAUCUCUGCGCGCGACGAAGGCAACCGAGCUUCUUUGGACCUCAGGAGACUAUAGUCGACUAUUUUAACUUGAACGCUAUGUACUGUAGCGUAUUUUGUCGCUGACUCCACGAAGACACCGUGCAUCGUUAUCUUCCGCUUUUUUUUUUCGUCUCCUGCUCGCGUUCGCGUCGCGAAAUUCGUCGACACCGGUUCGGACCUAUCUUAACAACAGCGUAGAACGUCUUCGAGCACGAGGCAACGGAGAACGAGAAGAAAAACGUCGAUCGACUCGAGCUCGGGAUCGAGAACGAUCAUGCUAUGCGUGUUUCCCGUGUAACGAUUCAAACGUUGACUUUUUUACGCGCGUGCUUUCGUAGAAAGUUUCGAAGUUGUGCCAAGUGUGUCGAAACGAAGUCGCUCGUAUAGUUCGAAUCAAAUUUGUGCCGCGCGACGACGCUAGCACCGAAACAGUGAUUCACCGCGUCCGGACCGAGGUCCGAGAGGUCUACGAAGUCGUCGAUCGUUCUCACGGAAGUUGCGACUUUGACAGCUCCGACCACGGCUGAUCGACGAAAAUAACGGAAAAAUAAGUGAAGGGACGCACCGUCAAGGGAAGUAAUUCGACCACGGAUUCGAGCUAACUCGCGCGUAAAUGCUACGAAUAUCUUCGGUACAGAGGCGUUGAUUGACCCAGGGCCCGGGUCGGUUUGGCUUCGAGAACGAACACGACGAUUGGCCCCGUGACGACCGUCAGCUAGGCGGAAGGAAGGAAGGAAGGCAGGAAGGAAGGAAGGAAGGAAGGAAGGAAGGAAGAAGGCGAUUAGGGAUCAGGUUUGAAGCAGAGGCUACGAAUCUUGUAUCAGAACCAGGAGCGCGCAUGCUUCAGCAACGAGGCAGUUCAGUACCGACACCACCCGCGACGUCAUCGUCCAACAUGUUUCCCCAACAGUAUUGUCUACGAUGGAAGUACCAUCACAGCAACCUACAGACCAUGUUCUCACAGUUGCUCGAACGGCAGGCUUAUUGCGACGUCACCCUGGCCUGCGAGGGCAAGACUCUGAGAGCACACAAGGUGGUUCUGUCGGCGUGCAGCACGUACUUUGACACAAUUCUGUCCCAGUACGAGGAGAAGGAUCCGAUCGUCAUCAUGCGGGACGUGAAGUUCUCCGAUAUCAAAGUCCUGGUCGAGUUCAUGUACAAAGGAGAGAUCAACAUCGAUCACACGAGAUUGUCGUCUCUGUUGAAAACCGCCGAGGAUCUGCACAUCAAGGGUCUGGCAGAGGUAAGCUGGCGUAGCGAUUCCACGCAGAACGAAAUGAGCAACAGCGGUCACAGUCCUGGCGCGGCAACUCCAGGCGUCGAGACGGUCCUCAGGGAAGGAGACGCCGACGAACCACCACCCCCGAAACAGAGACGCAGAGGUCGUCCGCCUCUGGACGAUCCACCCUCGGCUCACGAUGUGUUCACGCCAAAAAUCACGUGUAUUACCGGAAAUGAGGAAAUGAUGAGCGAGGGCGGUGACCAUGAGAGCUGGGACGACGAGAUGAUGAUGAACGAGAAUAACGAAACGCCACUGCCGGUGCUAUCAUACAUGCCCAAAGACGAAAACAUAUCCGACCAGGAGAAAAAAGCGCCUACCACUCCCUCGAAUUCCAACGUCACGAACCUAUCGAUCCCCGAGCAAUUCCGAGACGUCGUGAAGAUGAACGAUUACCUGACGACAGGACGCCGCCAAGAGUUCUGGGAGGAGCCGUUCACGCGACGCGUUAUGGAUGCCAUUAAGAGCAAAGAACUGGAAAUGAAGACUGCCGCCGAGAUACUUGGCGUGUCCUACGGAACCCUCUACGGCAGAUAUCGCGACAGUUAUGGUUGCCUUAAACAUCCGUAUAGAGUAAGGGACUUUUGGUCCGAGCCAGGCCCGGCAGAAGUGUUGGCGAAACUACGAAGGAAAGAGAUCACGUUAUUCCGUGCGGCCGAGUUCCUCAAUGUGACCGUCCAUACGUUGGCGACCUAUUUGUCGACGCUUCAGGGCCCGGACAGAAUCUCGUUGGCCGGCGAUCUGAGCGUGGCGGCCAGCACGGUCGACGGCAACAACGAGACCAUGGAGAACAACGACGCGAUGAACGAUAUCCUGCAGAAGAUCAACGCGAACGUGGCGACUACAACAGGAACACUGACCACAUCCACGCCGAUCAAAAGGGAGGGUGGUGGUUACAUCGAGGUACCGACACCCGUGCCAAAACCGGCCACCUCCGUGCUGGAGAACAAUCCGGACAUCACGAUCGUGAAGACGGAAAACAUGCCUCGUAAAAGGGAAUACAUGAAAGUGUCGAAUACGGAGAACAACAACGCGAAGCUGAUGAGCGGCGGUGCGGUCAGCGAGGUGACGCAACAACAGCAACAGCAGCAACAACAGCAACAGCAGCUUCAACCGCACCAGCCGCACCAACCGCAUCAGCAGCUCCAGCCGCACCCGCAGCAACAACAUCCGCAGCAGCAGCAGCAACUCCAGCAGCAACAGCAACAGCCGAAAAUCACCGAUCCGUUGUCGUUAAACAACGACAGCAGCAAACCCUAACUAUUCAGGCCUUAUCUGCAACCGGCGAAUCCCCGUGCACCGAGCGCUAGCUACAGAUCCGACCUGUGCCCGCGCAGAUUCUACUCGAACGUGUUUACACGCUUUCUCACGAAUUUCCAUUUGAAAUAGAAGGUGGUAUCACGCGUUGUCCCGUGUAUAAUUCUUCAUCGUCGACGCCCCGAGCACGCCAGCCUGGCUACCCGGCGAUAGCUUUAGACAAUCUCGCGCGUACGAUCGUCUCGUGUCAUUGGCUGGAUCGUUGCAUCGAGACCGCGGAGAGAGUCGUCACGCGACAACGAGGACCCGGAGGAUGAUCUAGAGGCUGACGCGACCGGAGGGCACGCUCUUCGACGUCGAGGUCGAAUCCAGGAAGAAACAGGGAGCGGUGAUCCGUACGUUUCGAUCGGUGCCUUUGGAUCCGCCUGGAUUCUCUCGUCGCGACGCGCGACGAACGACCGAUUCACCGUCACUCGCGUUAAACACGCAAGAACUGAGAGUGCGUCUGUCGAGCUAUAGAGAACAAUUCCUUCGUAAUGUUAGUACCUAGCGAUAUACGGUUCUUCGUUACUUCAAAAUUGGUUCGCUUGAUCGAAACGAAACGUCGGUGAGGGUGACGUCGAUCGCCCCUAUCGCUAAAAGUAAGUGGCAAAUUAAAAAGUAAACAAAAGGAAGAAGAAAUCAAGAAGGAUGAAGAAGCUGAAGAGAAAUCUUGUGUAAAAAAAAAAGUUCAAUCGAAGUUCCUUUUGAAUAACGAUGUAGAGUGUAUCGCGAAAAGAAUGCCUAGACUAUUUUCUGCCGCAUGUGUCUGUAUGGUAGCACGUAAAGAGCGACAAUAUUAUUCACCCGUAGACCCGUGGGUAUAGCGGUCCCAGAGUGACAAGUCCUUCGAGAGAUAGAUGUUUCUCGUGCGAUCGUCGUUUUUAAACGAAAACAAACGAAACAGAACACUUGCACUUCUUGCAAACGGGAGCCUUAAAUUGUUCGAGCGUAUUCGAGACGUUUUACGCGCGCGUUCGCCGACGAGAUUAUUAAUUUCUAUUGUAUACCUAUCGCUCGUACUUUUUUUCUGGCACGCUUUGCCAAUCUCGUAGGAUGCUCUCGCGAGGAAUCUUUAAAUCGAGUCACUUUUGUGAAACACGUGAAACGUUCAAAUUUUAGAUUCUACGCGCGAACGAAUAGGAGGAACGGUACAAUUUUAUAUUCUUUUUUUUUCUUCACCGCUCAUUGUCUUUAUCUCUUUUCCUUCUGUGUUUAUUGCACGUAUAUAUAUACAUAUAUACAUUUAUAUAUAUGUAUAUUUUAGAAACAUUAUUCAAUUUGUACGCGCAAACUUUCUUUCUCUUUCUCUUUCUUUCCUUUUUUUUAUACUUAGACGUUUUAAGGAACUUUUAUUUAAACGAUGAUUGCUGAAUAUCGAUGUCAAAGAUGAUCUAUCUCGAAACGAAGAUAUAGGUAUAUAUAUAUAUAUAUAUAUAUAUUUAUAUAUAUUUAUAUAUAUAUAUAUACAUAUAUAAACACACACACGCAUAAACGUCCAUUGUAAAUAUUGGUGCAAUAGUAAGACCUAAAAAAGAAAUGAAAAACGUUAAUCUUAUUUAUGACGAAAAGCGCGCCUUUAAUCGAUAUUUUAAACGGAAGAAACGAAGGAGGAGCGUACGCUGUUUUCUUUUAACGUCGUGCAAUCGCGUUCGGGUCUUUUGCUUGAUAUGCAACGGAGAGGAAAAGAAAAAGGAGAAAAGAAAGGAAAAUAUGCCCGCGAUUUUCUCUAACUUUUAAGUUGUCUCUCGGAAGAAAAAAAGAACAAACGAGAGAAGAUUCCGUACGCGCGUUACAGUUUAAUUCAAACCAAACGAGACACUGUUUGUUUUUUCUUGACUGGAACAAAUAUGAGUAUUCCUGUUCGUUGAAGAAGAAUGACAAAACAAAAAGGAAGAAAAAAAUCCCACUAAGUAAGAAGAACUAAUAGUAUAGUAGAGGUAUUCACGAUAUUGAUAUUUUUCGACGAUAUAAAGACUUAGUUGCGUUUGAGAUAUUGCCCGUGUGAGAGCGAGACAGAGAGAGUGCGAGUGUUUGCGUGCGUGAGAGAGGGAGAGAACGAGAGAGAGGGUACUUGUAAAGUAAUCUGAGGUACGCGUAAUCAUUAACAUAAUGGAUAAAAAAGGAAUCUUCGACGGCAGAAGAUGGGGAUGGUAAUGCGAAUGGACGUGUAUUGUACAUACAGAAACUGUAGAUUAUAAUAGAAUGGUGGAGUGUAUGAAAGAAAAACGCGAAAACACUGAGAAUGUUAUAUAUAUAUAUAUAUAUAGAUAUAUAUCUAUACAUACAUACUAUACAUAUUCCUUAUUCUCUAGAGGAAAUUCUAAAAUCGACUGACUAUUAAUGAUAAAAAAAAGAAUGACGUUUAACAAACGAUAAAUCGCUCCGUGUGCAGAUGAAAUAAAAAAUAGCGUUGUACAUUUACCAGGAGGAAUCGAGUAGUAUUUUCUUGGAAGUUAAACAAAAAAAUUGUAAUUUAUUUUACUUUGUACGCUUAUUUCUUAUUUUUUCGUUACUAAGCGAACGUAUCGUUUUUUAGGCCGUCAGACACAGAAAAACCAGAGGAUCUCUCUCUUGAUUACUUUACGAGUGCUCUGUACCGACUACAUUUUAUUUUUUACCACGUAUAAGUAAUAUCAUUUUAUGCGAUAACUUUGCACCGUUCAAUGUAAUAUACGUUUCCUUUAUUUUUUCUUUGUUAAUUCGUGCCCAUCGAGAACGUAGAUCUGUUUUCCAUUUCUUUCUUCGCUUCGUUUAAUUUAACCAUCGUCAAAUUUACCAUUGUGUCUCAUCGAACAUUUUGUAUUAAGACUAGUAGCUUUUCUUUCUUGUUUAUUAUCAUUAAUAUUAUUAGUUUCUUAUGUUAUUUUUUUUUGUUUUAAGUAAAAUAAGACUAAGACAUACCAAAUGAGAAAUGUAAGGACAAGUUUUUGUUAGGUUAGUACUAAAUAUCGCAUAUCAAGAACGCAAGAAUACAAAAAUGCGCCUGAAGCACUUUUGUAUUUGCCUAUGCAUGUCCCGGUGUUAAACGUGGCCGGGACGCACGAGGAGACCACUUUUACUCUAGCAAGAGUAUACGACUAGAAGUAUUAAUAUUUAAUAUUAAUAAUCAACGCGGAUUGUCCAGAAUGGAUGGUCAUGUUUUUGAGGAUCAAACGUCGAGUCACAUUGAACAAAAGAAAAAAGAAAGAACAAACAAAUCUGACAGAAAGAAAGUAGUUCAGUUUUUCGAUUUCGCAGUUCUUUGUUUUUAGUUUUUUCUUUUUUUUUCGUCUUAAUCGGCUGUUGAUCCUUGGAAUAUUUCCUACUUCUUCUUUACCGUCCAUACGGACACCAAGUUACGACGCGUGUAGCCUAUUAUUUUUUCCCACUUUUUCUUUUAUAUAACGCCUCUUUUAUCCGAGACACGAUGAUCGUUCUUUUUAACCUUUUUCGCAAGAGUACAAAUCACAACGGUGGAUUUUUUCGUUAACCCUCUCGGUGCUGCGGACACCACCUUCGAAACGUGUUCUUCCGUCUCGGUACUGAAAGGGUUAACGAUUAUCAUCGAGACGAUUAAACGAAGUUGUAUCAGUUUGUUUCUUUUUUAUGCGCUUCGUUUUCUCCUUCAUUUUCUUAUGUAUUUUCGUUAACCCUUUCGGUACAACUGGACAGUAACAGUGGUCGAGAAUCAACUUGCUUGUACUUUCGUAAUUAGAACGCGACCGAAAAUUAUUAUCGAUACGUGUAACAAAACUUUAUAUCGAAUAACGAGAGCAAAAUUUGUGAAACAGGAAUGCAUAUCCGAAUGUAGUCAGUAAAGUUCGUGAUCGGACAUACAGAAUGUUCCGUUAUUUCGUAAUUCUUGAUAAUACAGAGAACUGAUUAUAUAAAAAUGUUUUUACCGAAACGAAUCCUUUUUUACGUUGUUAUUUUAAGAGAUACGAAGAUCAUGUUCUGAUUUUUAAAUGAAAUAACGAAACUAUAUUAGUUUAGUAUAGACACUGCGUAUGCGAGCGUUUAACUCUUUCAUUCCUAAUGUCGAUUUUAGUCGUGAUAAUAUACAGAAACUAGCGUGGAUUAUAAUCGCGUCGCAACAUGAAAUGUAACUUUAUCAUGUAGUAAAAAUUCACUACUAA